UAGGCAAACGCACCGCGCGUCUUCCGCACGCGGGGAUGCUCUUCCCCUAGCUAUUAUGAUCCGCGCGUGCUUCCCUCGCCAUUCUGGUGUUGCGUACCGUGGAUCCCUGGAGCGUGCGGAGAUGACCGCCAAGCAGAAACUUCCAGCGCAACCUUCCGCCGACCAAUGUCGAUCUGGUCAGCGUUCUUUCGCUCAAUAUCUCUCUCCCAUGCUGUUCGCUAUCUUUACUACUCCAGAACAAUGCGAAAUGGCGGAGGUUGAAAUACCAGUCUACUCUUAUGCUGAGUUGAAGAAGAUAACAAAUGGGUUCGGUGCUGAGAAUUUCAUGGGCAAAACAUUUUCAUCGAAUAGCCUCCUCUACCGGGGCGAGAUUGUUGAUAAGGAAUCGAAUCUCGUCCAAAAGGUGAUUGUGGAGAUGCGGAAGAAUGAAAAAGAUUAUGAUCUUAAGGUUUGGCAGACUCAACUGAAUGCCCUCAAGGAUCCCACGAUAAGUAGUCACCCGAAUGUGGUGAAGCUCCAAGGUUACUGCAACAGUGCCUGCGAUCUGGGUCUGGUCUAUGACUGCCAUGCCUUAGGCACAUUGCAUAGUCUUAUAUUUGAUGAAAGUUUUAGCUGGAGCAUGAGGAUGAAGGUAGCUCUUCAAUUGGCACGUGUGCUUCAGUUUCUUCACUCUCAAGAGAAGCCUCUUAUUCUUUUGAACUUUGAGCCCCGCAGCAUUUUGGUUGACAUGGACUUCAAUCCCUUAAUAUUUGGUUUCGGUCUAGCCUCUGGUGGAGUUUUGGGUAUUCUUGAUCACACAGUUUUGAGCCUCAUAUUUCUGAGCCAUCCUCAGGUGUAUUUAGAUCCAGAGUACACUUUAUGUGGUAUUACCAUUGGCCCCUGGUGUGAUGUCUUUAGUUUUGGUACCCUGCUUCUAGCAAUGAUCACCAAGAGCCAUGAUCCGGAAGUUGGCGAGAUUAUAGCUCGAAGUAAAUAUUCCUUUUUGCAGAGGUUUUAUGGGAUUAACUUUACAAAAUUCAUUGUCCUGAAGAAUUUCUGGAAAGAUGGUAAGUAUCACAUCCGUGAUAGUGCUGCUGUUACAAAACUGGCUGUGAGAUGUGUGAAGAGCUGCUUGACGGUGGUACCGAAAUAUCAUGAGCGUCCUGGAAUGUCUGAGGCUGUCAGCAUCUUGGAAUGCUUGCGUGUGGUGAAAAAGCUUGGCUUACACUGCAGUUCUCUUGCAUGAUGACUUCAAUCCAUAGCCUGUUUUCUUGACUUCUUGUUUCGUGGGAUGCUACUGCUGCUGGUACUUUGUUUUCAUCAGAUAAGUAUUUGUAGAUAUUUUUUGGUUGAUGUUUGUCAAACUAGCUGUAUCCGUGAGCUAUUUUUUGUUGAUAUCUAGAUGAUGUAUAGCUGUUAUGGCUUUCUGUUAGUAUUCAUAUAUGUUGGACUUGGAAAUAUGAACAUUUUUCUGUUGUGUAGCUGUUA